CGCCGCUCGGGCUGCGGCUCCUCCCGGGGGCCGGUUCCCGCUGUCUCUGCCGCGGCGCGGUGGGGAUACCGGCGUGACGGACUCGUCGGCCGCUGGCGCCCGGAACCGCUGAGUCCAGCCCGUCCCGCUUGGCCGGCACCUGGGACCGAGUCCGCCCUCCGCGCCCCUCGCCCUUUGCUCCUCGCUCUUCGCCCCGGCGGGCUCCCGGCGGACGAGCCGCGCUCCGGCCCUUCCCCGGCGGCGCCGCCGCAGCCACAGCCGGUGCCCAGAGACAGGGCUGAAAACAGAGUGAAAUCAUUUUUCAGAAUUAAAAGACGAUCAAGGAGACAAGAUGGGGACUCCUGGUUCUGGAAGGAAAAGAACACCUGUGAAAGACCGAUUUUCUGCAGAAGAUGAAGCUUUGAGUAGCAUUGCCAGAGAGGCCGAGGCAAGGCUGGCAGCAAAACGGGCUGCCCGGGCAGAAGCAAGAGAUAUACGCAUGAGAGAACUGGAACGACAGCAAAAAGAGCAUUCUCAUCAUACCUUUGAUCGGAAGUGGGGACAGAUUCACAAGUGGCUGGAAGAUUCGGAUAGGGCUAAGUAUUCCCACCGGUCCAGUCAUCAUCGUCCUUAUCUGGGAAUUGAGGAUGCAUUGUCCCUGCGAAGUCUUGGCAGUCACAGGAGCCCAUCGAAGGACAUAACUGGGACACAUUGGAGCAGAGCCAACACACCCCAAAGGAAAGACAUCAUGUAUGAUCCUCUCAAGGAUAGAUCAUCAAGACUCUCAUCAUUAAAUCAUUCUUACAGUCACUCUUACGGAAUGAAGAAGAGAUCAUCUGGUUCUCGUAAAGACCCACUGAGUGGCCUCUACUUUGACCAGAGAAACUAUAGCAGUCUUAGACAUAGCAAACCCACCUCUGCCUACUACACUCGGCAGUCUUCUUCCCUGUACAGUGACCCUCUGGCAACAUCUAAGAGUACCAGGGCCUCCCCUACUGCAGAUUCUGGUCUGCUGAGAAGUGCCAGCCUGGUGUCAUUGUAUGAUGGUGGAUUAUAUAACCCUUAUGGUUCUCGAACUCCAUCUGAAUACAGUUAUUAUUCAUCAAGAACCAGUUCAGCCCGAAGCAGUCCUGUGUUUAUCGAUGAUGACACUGCAAGUAUUGCGUCUUCCGGUCGUUCCAGUCGUGGGCGAAGGGAGAGUGUGGUUUCUGCCGCUGAUUAUUUUAGUCGCUCCAGCCGUAGGAGGAGCGUAGUCUCUGAGGUGGAUGACGUCAGCAUCCCAGAUUUGACCAGCUUGGAUGAAAAAUCUGACAAACAGUAUGCUGAAAAUUAUACAAGACCUUCAUCUCGCAAUUCUGCCUCAGCAACGACCCCUCUAAGUGGAAACUCAUCCAGGCGAGGAAGCGGGGACACCAGCAGCCUAAUAGAUCCAGACACCUCAUUAAGUGAAUUGCGGGAUAUCUAUGACCUUAAGGACCAGAUACAGGAUGUAGAAGGGAGAUACAUGCAGGGACUUAAAGAACUAAAGGAGUCUUUGUCUGAAGUGGAAGAAAAAUACAAGAAAGCCAUGGUUUCCAAUGCACAGUUAGACAAUGAGAAGAACAAUUUGAUCUACCAGGUAGAUACCCUCAAGGAUGUUAUUGAAGAACAGGAGGAGCAGAUGGCGGAAUUUCAUAGAGAAAAUGAAGACAAAUCAAAGGAGUUAGAAAGGCAGAAACAUAUGUGUAGUGUGCUGCAGCAUAAAAUGGAUGAACUUAAAGAAGGCCUUCGACAAAGAGAUGAGCUUAUUGAGGAGAAUCAACGUAUGCAGCAGAAAAUAGACACCAUGACAAAAGAGGUGUUUGACCUCCAGGAGACACUUCUUUGGAAAGAUAAAAGCAUUAGGGCCCUAGAGAAACAGAAAGAAUACAUUGCCUGCCUUAGGGGUGAGCGGGAUUCGCUCAGAGCGGAGCUGGCGGACCUGAAGGAGACGGUGCAGACAGGAGAGAAACAUGGCUUAGUUAUAAUCCCUGACGGCACUCCCAAUGGUGAUGUCAAUCAUGAACCGGUGGUUGGAGCCAUCACUGUGGUGACUCAGGAAGCUGCUCAGGUCUUGGAGUCAGCGGGAGAAGGUCCACUAGAUGUAAGGCUACGAAAACUUGCUGGAGAAAAGGAAGAGCUACUGUCACAGAUUAGAAAACUGAAGCUGCAGCUAGAGGAAGAACGGCAGAAGUGCUCCAGGGAUGACGGCACCAUGGGCGACCUGGCAGGGCUGCAGAACGGCUCGGACUUGCAGCUCAUCGAGAUGCAGAGAGAUGCCAAUAGACAAAUUAGUGAAUACAAGUUUAAGCUUUCAAAAGCAGAACAGGAUAUAACCACCUUGGAGCAAGGCAUUAGCCGGCUUGAGGGACAGGUGCUGAGAUACAAAACUGCUGCUGAGAAUGCUGAGAAAGUGGAAGAUGAACUGAAAGCAGAAAAGAGAAAGCUACAACGAGAGUUACGAACAGCACUGGACAAGAUUGAGGAGAUGGAGAUGACCAACAGCCACCUCGCCAAGCGGCUGGAGAAGAUGAAGGCCAACAGGACAGCAUUUCUGGCCCAGCAAUAGGGAGGCCCCCCCUCCUACCUGGGUGCUGCUCCUGGGGCCCCGCCCAGAGGGACUGACUUUUUGUCCAGUGACGCAAACCCCUUUCAGUACUGUUUUGAGUUUUGUCAUUAAUAUCGCCACUUUUGUGUUUUAUAAUUUAUGAGAGAAUGAAACAGGUUUGAAUCUUCAUGGAUGAACACUUUGGAUUUUGUUUGUAGUUUGAUUCUAGACAAAGAACUGGUCCAUGCUGUUUUUAUUUUUUAUUUCUGUAAUUUUAGAAUCAAGUUUACUCACCAUGUUCCCCCAGCUGCCUCAAUAACUGGGCACUCGGAGGCCUUGGCCCAGGUCCUAGAGGACAGUGAUCCUGUGAGUGCUCACUGAGAUACUUGCUGGAGACCUCAGAAAACACAAGUGCCUUCUCCACAGUGCAAUUCAGACUUCAGUGAUCUCCGGGGGUCGAAAGACACUUACCCUUACUUAAUACCAGAUAGCAUUUAUAUUUUAGUGAAGAAACAAGUUCACAGGCGGGGAAUAAUGUUUCACUCAAAUUUAUAUGUUUGGAGGAAAAAGCCUUUUUUUGUAAAAUAUUUAAAUUUAUAUAAGAAAAUGUUAGAAAAAGAUAUGGGGAAUGUAUAUAAAACUUGCUUUAUGCAUGGGGCAGGGGAAUUCCAAGGCCUGAUACUCUUAAAGUAAGAGGAGGGGCCUUAGUCUUCAACAUGAACUGCGCUGUGUCUUGUAAAGUAUUUCAUCUGCUGCUUCUUUGUGGAAUGAAACCUCAGACAAGCCCAAUUUGGGGGGCGGGGGGGAGUAUAAAGCAGGCAGGUGGGACAUCUGCCCGAAGAGUCUAUUAAACACACCUGUUUGCUGACCACAAUUGGCUACUGACACAUUCAUUUUGUUAGCAGAGCCUUUAAAACAAGUCAUGGCAACCAUGCCCUCAUCUUGUCCCUCUUCUUUUCUCUGCUUCCUAAGGAAAAACUAUCUGGAAUACAGAACUAUUUUUUUCAAGAACUUUCGUUUCAUCUUUAAAGGUACAAGAGUUUUCACAUCGAGUGUAGCCAUUUUGCAGGAUUUGUGAUUCUCUUUUGCUCUCAGAAGCAAGGCGGUUUUAUGGAAAUGAUUACUGUAUCUUCACUGUGUUUACACAGAAAAAGAAAUGCAGAAAGUCUAAUAAAUUAAAGCCAUAUAAGAAUAAAAUUAGACCUGAAACUAGACAAUAAAGUUAACUCAAAUGUGAA